AUGUCUCCUGAAAAUCAUCCUUUCAACACUGCCUACACCCUCCCCCAUGUCGGCGCCGGACUUGCCUCUGUUACUAAACGCACCUCUCCCAUUACCUCACCCAAAGCACAUGAAAUUCUCGUCAAGAUCCAUGCCGCCUCUCUCAACUAUCGCGACUUUGCGAUGAUAUCUGCUUUUUAUCCUAUUUCUCCUCCUGACAAUGUGGUGUUGGGGAGCGAUAUGGCUGGAGAAGUUGUGGAAGUGGGAGAGGGCGUCAGUGCGGAAGAGUUCAAAGUUGGGGAUAGGGUCACUGCGAACUUUAACCAAGUUCAUCUCUUCGGGACGGAGUAUGGACCUAACCUCACCGCACACGUCCUAGGUCAAGAGGUGGACGGCGUAUUGCAGGAGUACCGUGUCUUCAAGGCCGACGCUCUCCUUCACAUUCCGAAGCAUUUGAGCUACGAAGAAGCGGCUUGUUAUCCUUGUGCUGGUGUCACGGCUUGGAACGCGUUGUAUGGUGGGACUCCGCUUAAACCUGGACAAACGGUGCUCUUUCAGGGGACGGGAGGCGUGUCGAUGGCUGGAUUGGUGUUUGCUGUUAGAGCUGGUGCAAAAACGAUCAUCACGUCCGGUUCGGAUGAGAAACUUACGAUCGCCAAGAAACUCGGGGCAACGCACACUAUCAACUACAAGACUCAUCCGCACUGGGACAAAGUCGUCCUCGAACUUACAAACGGCGUCGGUGCGCAUCACAUCUUUGACAACGUAGGCGUCGAGGAAAUAGAGAAAUGUUUCAACUGCGCCGCGUACAGUGGCAACAUCCAGUGUAUCGGUUUUCUGGGCGAUCAAACGAAACCGGGUCCGAAUGUAUUGAUGCACGCUCUGUUGAAGAACCUCACGAUACGUGGAGUGUAUGUCGGCUCGCAGCAGCUCCAUAUGGAAAUGCUUCAGUUUGUUGAGACGAAUGGGCUGAGGCCUCAUAUCGAUCGCGUGUUCGCGUUUGAGGAUGCGAUGAAGGCUCUCGAGUAUCUUGGUUUGGGACGACACAUUGGGAAGGUCGUCGUGAAAGUGUCUACUUAA